AUGUAUACUGGAAAGGAAGAUCCCUUAUCCCACCUUAAGUAUUUCGAGAUGCAAAUGGACCUGCAAGGAGUAAGAGGAGAUUUGGCACCUAGAAAGUUCAACUCAUGGAAGGCUUUCUCCUCGGAGUUCCAUGCACAAUUCUCUUCCUCUCGCCAAUUUCUGUCACACCUAGAAGAUCUGGUUGAAGUAAAGCAAAGACCAGGAGAGCCUCUCCGAGCUUACAUCAGUAGAUUCAUGACGGAGGCUACUAAGGUUUCAAGGGUAAUCGAGGACGGAAAGUUGUCUUCAAUACUAGGGGGCAUUGAAGUCCUUGGGGAACUUUGGAAGUACAUAAGGAAGAACGGACCAGUAGUCUCGAUUAGUGAUUUUCUUGACCGUGCAGAAGGUUUUAUCAAACUUGAAGAGGACCUUCAGCGAGCAGAAGGUGAACAAAAACCUGGCAAGUCAAAAGCUCCUUCUACUAGGACAUCCAUCCAGCUACCCCAUUACCCAAGCAAUUCGAGCUCAAAUGGUAAACGGUCCAGCAACAAUAAUAUGCAAGGGAAUGUAAAAAAGGGAAAGUUCACUAGCAAAACCGAACAAGCUCCCCGAGAGAAUCAUGCCAAGUAUACUGCAUUUACAGUCCUGACAGGACACAUGGAAAGUGUCUACAUGGCUACUCAGUCAUUAGCCCCGUUCAAGAAGUCCGCACCCAUGGAAAAAGAUGUCAGUAAGAGAGAUAUAACCAAGUUUUGUCGAUUUCAUGAGGAUUACGGUCACGACACCAAUGAAUGCAACAAUCUGAAGCGGGAAAUCGAAUUCCUGAUAAAGAAAAAUAAUCAGCACGUUCAGAGGUAUGUCAAGGCCGAUCAAAAUCAAUGGGGCGACAACAACCAAGACUUGCUACUACCACCAAUAGAUGGACAUCUGCAAGUCAUUAUUGGAGGCCAUCACGUAGCUGGAGAUUCAGGCAAAGCCCAGGAGAGGUAUGCCCGAACAGUACAACAUGAGCAAGAAGAAGUAGUCUGGCCGUUGAAGAGAGGAAGCUGA